CCACACUGAUUUCAUUGCAUUACAGCUGAUUGUGCAACUUGAUUUCUUUCGAUAUCGAUAACAAUAUUAUUAUUAUUGAAAAUCAGCGCCAACAUGAACAAUUCCAAGAUUCAGAAUAUUAAAAGUUCCAAGUCUGAUGAGCAACAGAAACAAAAGCACUUACAGCUUUUGCACGAGUACAACGACCUUAAAGACGCCACUCAAACUGUGCUAGGAGCAUUGGCCCAGGCGAAAGGAUUACCAGUAAAAGAUAUGUACAAAAUGUACAACUUGCCGAAAGGUGAUUAAUGACUUCAAUAAAUGAUGUUCACAAUUAA